AUGGAAGAAUGCCUAACAAUGAAAGAAAGCCUUGAUGAUGCCCUCAAUUCAGCCGGCAUUGGGUUCGUGAUGGGCGCAAUCGCCGGAUCUCCCUUCCACUUCUUUAAGUCCCUUUGUAUCUCUCCAACCCAUAUCACUACUGCUUGUCACGCCGUUCGCCUCAAUGCACCCCGUGUGGGGGGCAAGGUUGCCGCCUGGUCUGCCCUCUGCAGUGUCUCCUACGACGCCUUGUGUUCUGUUCGUCAGAAGAACGACUCCUGGAAUGGCAUAUUUGCCCCGGCCAUCAGCAGCGGGCUGCUCUCCUUGUGCCACCGCAAUCUCAAAGCCUCCGCAUGCUUCACCAUGUUUGGUGCUCUCAUGGGCACAGUAUCAGAGGUCGGCUCAAUCAUGGAGCGAAAGUUUUCGGCCGAUCGCGCGCUUAAGAAAUUGAGGAAGGCAAAUGGAGAAAGGCAGUACCCAAAGAUGCAAUGA